AAGAGAUCUACCAGUACACAGCAGAGCGCGUGAAUCUCCAUUCAUUCAGACCCUCAUUGAUGAAGCUAUUCCGAGCCUCCUUUAAUGAUUUCGCAGUUGCGACCACGUCUUGACCACUGCUGAGCUAUAUCAAACCUAAUUUUUGGACCGUUCUUAUCAAACUAUCAGUCUACUCCGUACCCUUCGUCCCCCGUGAUUCUCCACCAAACAUUGCGAAUUAUCGCGAAGCUCCCUUUGAGCCCAACGCGCGACGCGCCCGCUCGUCAUGGACACCAGCUACCUGUCUUCGCAGGUCUCGACCAUUAUCGGGCAGCUCCACGGUCUAUUCGAUGAGAUCGGAGUUCCCGCCCAUGAACGAGAGUCGCGAGAGUCCGAGCUGUUCGCUGCGCUCUCCGAGACCCUUCAUAAUCAAGUACGACAGGUCGCCGCCGAGAAGAAUGAGAUGACCGAGGAGGCACAGCGUAUCAUUACUACGAUCAAGCAGAUGGAAAUAUCGAUCAAUGGCCCCAGAGAUCGCCAUGAAUAUGAGCCUGAGGAUGAGGACCUGAAGAUUACUACCCCAUUGAUUCCGUGCUUGCAAGCACUGAAGGAGAAGCACCUACAGAUAUCCAGAAUACACAAAGAUCGAUUCGAUCAAGUCAAGAAACUGGUACAAGCUCUUGAAUCCUAUUCAUCUCAUCUCGAGCCCUCCUUUAUCAAAAUUGCACUACCGCCAACUUCAAACAACUCGAACAUUCCGCCUACGUUCGACCUUUCAAACAGCUACGUGGAAGCCCUCGAUGACGAGUUUACACGUGUAUACGAAGAAUACACACGUCGAAUAGCCACAGUGAAGGCUUUAUCAGAGAAUAUCAUCCAGCUAUGGGCAGAGCUCGGCACGCCGCAGGCGCAAACCGACGGGAUGAUAGUAAAGCAUUAUCGAGACUCCCCCGAACAGCUGGGUCUUCAUGAGGAAGAUAUUGCCAGGUUGAGAGCAAAGCGCGAUAAGCUAGGAGAUGAGAAGAAGGCGCGCGAGAAGCGUCUGAAAGAUCUCAAGUCUAUGGUGGAGGCAUUAUGGGAACGCUUGGGUGUGGAGGAACACGAGAGAAAGAAAUUCCUGAAUGGAAAUCGAGGAUGCGGAGUCCGACAAAUCAAUGAAUUCGAGGAUGAAUUGGCGAGACUGAACGAACUCAAGAGACAAAACCUCCAUCUAUUUGUUGAGGAUGCACGGUACAAGCUGCAAGAGCUCUGGGACGGACUUUACUUUUCUGAAGAAGAGAUGCUGGACUUCACACCUGCUUUCUCCGAUGUUUAUAGUGAUGCUUUGUUGGAGGCACACGAACAGGAGAUCAGUCGUCUGGAGGCUCUUAGAGAGCAGCGUGCGCCAACCCUGGCUCUUAUCGAUCAACAUCGAGCACUCGUAAAGGAGCGCGAUGAUCUUCAAGCUUCCAGCCAGGAUGCGUCUCGUCUGAUGAUGCGUGGCCAGAAAGGAGAGAAGCGUGAUCCAACGCGUCUACUAAGAGAGGAGAAGAUGAGAAAGAGAGUUGCAAAAGAACUACCAAAGGUAGCACAGCAAUUGAGAAAAGUAUUGGAAAAAUGGGAGGAUGAAUAUGCCAGGCCAUUCCUAGUUCACGGGGAGCGAUAUCUUGAUGAGCUUGAAGCGUCCGAAGCCAAACCGGCUCCGGGACCACGAUCAAAGACACCCGCAGGGCCUGAAGCCAGACCCGUUCCAGGACCAAGAUCAAAGACACCAGCAGGGCCUCCACCAUCCGCUGCUAAGACCCAGAAGGCAGCACCGCAGAGCCGUCCAAAUAGUGUGAUGAAGGCCCCGCCUCCUCGGACUGGCGCCAAGACUCCCACCGCUGGAGGAACGGUAACCGGGGGGACGAUUCAACGCAGUCAAUUUGCCAGUUCGUUAUCCGCAUCCGUGAAAGCAUCGCCUUCACGGAUUCCUGCGCGAGCACCCCUAUCGAAUCUCAACAACGGAAACAAUUCGGCAGAGCGACGUCCUCCACCUCCAGCCCCAAGAUAUGACAUGAGCACGGUUCGUGGAAAGAUGUUACCGCCAGCGAGAGCUCCACCACCAAAGAUGAGAGAUCUUUUUGUUCCUCCAGAAGCGCCAACACCAGUUUCCCGUUUCCGCGCUGAUAGCGUUUUAUCCAGCGGCAGUGUGCGACAUGUGAGCCCUGAGGAUGUCUAUGAUGAUAGGUAUGCAGAGCAACAUCAGAGUCGACCACAACCUUACGAGCUUCAAUCCUCGAUGCGUCAGAACGAGCGAUUCACGCAGUCAACUUCGUAUUCAACAGCACCGGCGAGCCGCCAAAUCUCAAAUACAUCCAAUUCUACAGCAACCGUCUCGGGAAGCGAGAAUUGGGAGACGUAUUCAGAGAUAUCUGAACCCGAGCCAGAUGCAUCUGAUGCUUAUUACGAAAAACUUCGUGCCGCUCGCGGAAAGCGAUUCAGCCCUGACGAUGCUUACGCGCGAGGAGCCAUGAACAAAAAGCAGAGAGGAAUCCCACCGUACGGACAUCCUGCUCACGGAGUCACCGAUGCCGAGGGCAAUCGUAUCGUCUCGGGCAGUGAAUGGACUGACGAGGAUGCGUUCUGAGUUGUUUUUUGUAUGCUUUCCGGGUCUGAUCUAUCAGGAUAGAUACGACUGUCAUGACUGAUGCUUCUGACGAAUAACGGCGAUCUGGAUAUCACGACGUUCAGAUGAUUUUCAUUCGGCGUCCUUGAACUUGUUCAGCGUUAUCCGACUCGUCAUCGGCCUGUCCUCUUGGCGCAUUCCCAGCGGCUUCCUCUUAAUUCUUCUCUUUUCCAGCGUGGGAGACUCUGCUUGCUUGUUCGAUUACCCUAUUCCUUUCUAGCGUUUGAUGAAGGAAUACCAGCAUU